AUGGCCGAGCAUCACUUCCAACCCGAAGGCUACGAGUGUAUUCCCAACCUGCUGAUGCUUGGACUUUAUCUGUCGUGCAACACGCAACGGCUCAAGUACGGCUGCGGGUUCAACAUCACACCAAUGUGGCAUCCGCUGCGGUUGGCCGAGGAUUUCGCCAUGGCCGACAUUCUGUCCGGAGGCCGCAUCGUGUUCGGCGUGGGACGUGGUUACCAUUCUCGGGAGGUUGAAACUUUCGGAUCACCCAUGUUUGACGGCGACGCCAACCGAGAGUUAUUCGAGGAUCAGGUUGAGGUGAUGGUCAAGGCCUUCAGCGAGGAGUCUUUCUCCCACCAG